GAUGCGGACCGAGUAGGGAAGGUUGGGCGAACGGCCGGUGGGAUGGGGGCGGCGGCCUGACCAGUGGAGUUCGCACGGUUGUCGGUCUUGGCUCGGCGGUGGCGCCGGCUACGGUCACUGAGGAUGACAGCAAGACCCGUGGAUUAAAGUAACUCCGCGUAUCUCAGCCAUGGCGAAUGUGAAAGUGGCCGUGAGGGUCCGGCCGCUGAGCAAGAGAGAACUUGCAGAAGGCUCAAGUAUAAUUGUGAAGGUGGAUGACAAAAUUGCCAGCAUCAGAAAUGUCAAGCUGGACCCACGGGUUGAUAGUCCUGGUGAUUCAAGGCAGCGUAAUAUGGAGUUCACCUUUGAUUAUUGUUACUGGUCAGUGGAUUCUGACUCUGCUAAUUUUGCACCUCAGGAACUGGUGUACCAGGAUCUUGGCACUUCAGUCCUAUCAGGAGCCAUUGAGGGUUACAAUGUCUGUUUGUUUGCCUAUGGGCAGACUGGUUCAGGAAAAACGUACACUAUGAUGGGCACACCAGCAGCUAUUGGACUGACGCCAAGGAUAUGCAAGGGUCUCUUUUCAAGGGUUGAUGACUACCAAGAAAAGCCAGCAUCAUGCAGCAUAGAAGUUAGCUUUCUGGAAAUUUAUAAUGAGCGUGUUCGUGAUCUUCUGAAGCGCUGUGAAGGAAACAAACCCUACACCCUUCGUGUGCGUGAACACCCAGAAAAAGGUCCUUAUGUACAAGGAUUAUCUCAGCAUUUGGUUUCAGACUACAAGCAACUUGUGCAACUUUUGGAGGAAGGGAUUGCAAAUAGAAUCACUGCUGCUACCCACAUCCAUGAUGCGAGCAGUCGAUCACAUGCCAUCUUUACCAUCCAUUACACCCAGGCAAUACUGGAGAAUAACCUUCCAUCAGAAAUAGUUAGUAAAAUCAACCUUGUUGACUUGGCAGGGAGUGAAAGAGCAGAUCCAAAUUACUCCAAGGACAGGAUCACAGAAGGAUCAAACAUUAACAAAUCACUGGUUACUCUGGGAAUAGUCAUCUCCACUUUAGCACAAAAUUCCCAGAUAUCCAACAGCUGUCAGAGUAUAAAUACUGUAAUGAGUGAAGGAGACAGUGGAAGCCAUUCCAGUGCAUCUUCAGGAAAUAGCAGGCGCCAGUAUUAUGUCCCUUACCGUGAUUCUGUCCUCACUUGGCUUCUCAAGGACAGCCUUGGAGGAAAUUCUAAAACCAUCAUGAUUGCAACAAUCUCACCUGCAAGCACCAGUUACACCGAAACCAUCAGCACUUUAAGAUAUGCAGCACAUGCAAAGAAUAUCGUCAAUAAACCACAUGUGAAUGAGGAUGCUAAUGUAAAGCUGAUUCGAGAACUGCGGGAGGAGAUUGACAGAUUAAAAGCCAUGCUGAUGAGUUUUGGACUGAGAAACUUGAGUCCAUCAAGUGAUGAAAAUGAUGAGAAAGAUGGAAGCCUGACAGAAAUACUACUUCAAAACGAACUGAAGGUGGACCAGCUUACCAAAGAUUGGACAGACAGAUGGAAAGACACAAAAGCAAUCAUGGAAGAAUAUUAUGUGAAUAUAAACAGAAGGAAAACUGGAGUCAUUGUUGUCUCCCAGUUACCUCAUUUAAUAGCAGUGGAUGAGGAUAUAUUAAGCACAGGUGUUUCUCUUUAUCAUCUCAGGGAAGGAAUAACAAAGAUUGGGAGGAUUGAUGCUGAGGCAGAGCAAGACAUUGUUCUGCAGGGUCCAUGGGUAGAGAAGGAACACUGUAUCAUUCACAAUGCUAAUGGUGUAGUAACACUUGAACCAAUUGGAGGAUCACAGUGCAUUGUCAAUGAACUGGAUGUUGUCCAUUCAUGCCGUUUGUCACAAGGUGCUGUUAUAGUAUUGGGAAAAGUGCAUAAGUUCAGGUUUAAUCAUCCGACUGAAGCUGCAAAGUUGAGACAAAGGAGAGCUAGUAGCAGUAUAUCUCUAGCGAGCAGUGGUUCUUGCGAAUGGCUGGAUUUGGAUGGAGAAUUCAGUUUUUCCCCUCCUUAUGUUUUAUCUCCGCUCAUGCAAGCAAGCUUGGAACAUGACAUGGAGAUAGAUGAAGAAAUGGAGAUAAAUGAAACCAGGAGGCAGCUGAGAGAACUGCGGCAGUGCUACCAGAGCAAGCAGCAGGAGCAUGAGGGAUACAAACAGAAGCUGAGGGGGUUGGAAAUGUUCUACCAAGAACAAAUACACCAGCAGCAGUGCUACGUUGAGGAACUGCGCCAACGCAUCCAAGCAACGCAGUCACGGGCAGAACAAGAGCUUAAACACGACCAGGAACAGCUCAAGCUGCGAAUUGAGGAAAACAAGCAACGUCUAGCAAAUGAAGAGAAGCGCUUAGUUUGCCUGGAACAUCAACGACAAGAGCUGGGGAUACAGACCGACUCUGCAUCGUUUACUGAAUGUGGGGUUCAGAUCUCUUCACAAGUGGAAGGGAUUCCUUUUAUCGAGCAGGAUAGAAAGCGAUUAGUUCAGCUGGAACUGCUGCAGAGGCACUCAUUGAGGAAAGCUGAGCGAAAUAUCCGCAAGAAAAGAGUCAAGUAUCAGCUGGAGAGAAUUGCCGAGAAGCACAAACUUUUAGAAGCUAAGACAAACUUGCAACACCUGGAGGCUGCAAGCUUACUCAGCAAGAAGCAACACGGGCGACCAAUAGAGGGCAAGGGGAACUCUUUACAAACUGAUAUGAAUCCUAAACUGGCAAGGUGGAACAAAUCAUUUCCUCCAAGCUCCUUUCCCAUGAGAAGGCAUUCAUUAUCUGUUCCUUUUCUCACUAGGAGGCAUUCGGAUUCAGGUGACCUGGUAUCACACCUGUACCUACAGCACGUACCAAUUUACAGUGAUUUCCUAAAGAGAAAGAACUUGUCUACCUCAACUCAAAUGAAGAACACAACACAGAAGUCUCUCUCAGUGGGAUCUUUACCCAAAAUGACAUUCCCCAUUACAAGGAAGCAAGCUUUAAAAGGAGGGAGUGAAAUAACUUCACCUUUUUGGGAUCAGUUACAAAAGAAACACAAAGGUAUAGAGCACAAGGAUGUCAAAGCUUUAAAGCAAUCAACUGAAAGCAGCCAAGAGCAGCCAAAAAUACUUGAACUAAGCAGUGUACAGCCAGAGGUCCAAAUCAGUAACGUCUCCAAAACUAGGAUACAAAAAUCAGACGUGAUGGCAUGCUCAUUAGAUGGCCAAAGUAUGCUUGAAUUAACAGAUGAGGAUGUGAAAGAGGAUCUACCAUGGAAUUGUUCAUUUGUGAGUACUGGCAACAAUUUAUCACCCAUGGAGGUCUGUAAGAGAACACCACCCAAGCAAUUGGUCAGAACUAGAAGUUUCUGUACGGUGAACCAGGGCCAGCAUCUCGUCAAGGGGGCUUCAAUGGUCAACUUAGCCCAUCUUUGGGGAAAUGUGCCUGGCCCUUGCGAGACAAGGAAGUGGAAUAGUGAGGAAAUACUGAAUGCCAAAAUUGCAGCAGUUCCUGAUGAUUCGCUAGGGGACUGGUUGGGAGAGGGGGAAUUGUCAGACACUGAUAGCUUGUACUCUGUGGACUCUCUGUCAUCUGCAUAUGCAAAUGCUAUAACAGAGCAAUUACAGAAAGAUGAAUUGGAGGAACAACAGUCCAAGCAGCAGGAGAAUUGUAGUGAAAGUGACGAUAGUGAAAUGUCCCAGGAUUCACUGGCAGACAAAGAUGCUAUUUCAGCUGAUGCAUUCCAGGACAUUCAUUGUGGAAGGGCUCGCUUAUCCCCCAAUAAGACAAGGCACAAACUUGCAAACAGAGGGAAAAGUAUGUCUCUCGAUAGCCUAGCUGAUAUGGGCGAAACGAGUGUUCUUUUCAGAAUGGAUUCACCUGGGUUAACAGCUGCUGAUGAAAUGCCAGCAGAGGUAUACUGGAAUCUACCUUGGAAUGACGUUGAUGAAAAGGAAACCUACCAGAAUCCUAAAGUGCUAAUUGAAGAAAAGGAGUGUGUUGGGGCUUUGACAUUAAAAGAGCAGUGUUUUAAUAUGGGCAGCAACACAGAACUAAAGGAUAUCAACUGUGAAAAAAAUACACAUUUAGAAAAUUUGAAGCCUAAUAAAAAUUACAUGGAUCUCCUGAUCUUGCCAGAUGCUCAGUCAUCUAAUUCCAAGAGUAAUAUGGAGAGGGUUUCAUCUGAUGAUACUUCAGUUUUGGCAAUCUCAUCAGGAGGAACUGAUGGUUAUGGAAAUGCACGGAUUGCACUAAUGAAAGAGGCAGAAGCAAGUCAGAUCACCUCUGUGUUUAAUUUUGAUCCCUUCCAGCCUAAGGUAAUACAUAAUUUGCACCAGGUAACUGCACUUACUACUUGUAAAGAAUGCCAUGCAUCACAGAAUGCAAACAAUCGAGGCAUGUUGGAUAGGGAAGAGGAUUUGACACACAUGCAGGAAAUUUACCUCCGUCCAUCUGCAGCUACCGAAGUCACUAUGCAAAGUUUACAAUGUACUGAUCAUAACAUGGCUUGUAUUACUGGAGUGCUUUCCACUGCAGAAGUGAAAACCAAGAGUUCAUUGACAAAUAUUUCAGCAGAAAUAUCCAAUGUAUCAGAUUGUGUAUAUUCUGCACGGCAAUCCUGUUCACUAAUAGAAUCUGAAGAAUUUAUACUAUCUUCCACGUCCAACACUUUGAAGCUUAAAACUUUUAGUACAGAUGCUGUUAUUGACAUGAAGGGUGCUGAUUCAGAAAUGGAAGUAACAGAACAACAAUACAAGAAUACAAAGCCAGAAAGAAGCUGUAGACAAUCCCAACACAAUCAGCUGAGCAACAGUGAUUAUCACAGAAAUUAUGAUAUGCAUGGCAGUGCCUCAGAAGUAAGUGCAGCCAAGCUCAAUUUCUCAUCCAACUUUGAGACGAGAUCCAUUUCUGGCACUGAACAAUUCAUUUCACCAAGAGAAGAGUUGUCUUGUUGUAGGCAAUCUCACAAUAUGAUUGAAUCCCAAAUCAUUUCCAGUUCUUCGUGUACACCUGUUAGUAAUUCCAGUAGCCUAACUACAUUAGUUGCCAAGCCAUUGUCACAGCUACUAGACCCCAAGGUGUUGGAAAUAUGUGCUGCAGAUGUGGAAAAAGACCCAGGCACCCAAAGACUAUCUUUCAAUGAUAGAUUGUUCUCUUUUACUGAAGAAAAUAAUGACAUAGACAGUAGUUUGUCUGUAGAGAACAUGAUUCUGGCACCUUUAGCACAAAAUAAGACUAAACCUGUCUUGGAGGGUGCAUCGCAAGAUGCGGAUUAUGAUACUGCCCAUUCAACUUCAAUGAAGAAUGGAAUUAGUCGAACAGAUAAAUCCUCUCUAGUGCAUGAAGGAAACAGAGAAGCUCAAAAACAUUUUAUAAUGUGGCAGCAUUCAUUUACAACUUGUGCUAAAACUAAAGACAGCAAAGCUGAUCCAUUUACCAGUUUCAUAAUGAAGCAACAGUCUGUUGCUCAGACGAAUCUCUCAAGGAAUGAGAGCAAUUAUACUUCGACAGAAACCCUCAUGAGCAGCCAAAUGGAUUCUGAAAUCAAGGUCAGUGAGCCAAUCACUGUUGAUGGACAUUUAUGCAUGAAGGAUAGUGUUGUUUGUUCUGAAGGCAUCCAGUUGAGAACCAGUGAUUCACAGGUUCAAGGUCUAAAGUCUGGCACUUCAUCUGAUGAAAAAGAAGAAUUUGAUUUGAAAGGCAAAAGUGUUGAAAAAGCGAUAAGUAUUAGUGCAAACAAUCCCAAUGGUGAAGAAUGUUUGAACUAUGAACACACUCCAUUUUUUGGUGGCACAAAGGACCAGAAAUGCACCAUACUUGCAGAAGAAACCACUAUAUUAAACUUGCCUGUCUCUGGACAAAAUGCUGCCAGCUCUAUUAGUGAGCAACCUACAGAAAGUGCUGUUGGAACUUGGAAUAGAUUUCAUCCAGAUUCCAAUUUUGUGGCAAACUCAGACAAACCUCCAAACAAUGUCAACUUUUCUGCUGCAUCUGUUUCAAGGCAUCCCCUGCCACAGUGUCUUAUCAAAGAAACUGAACAGAUUAACAAGCAAGGUGACAGUGAGUCAGAAAUAUCACUGGGUUCCAACACACACACAGGUGCUGUGACAGAGUGUGUAGUGUGCCGCCUGGAAAUAAGUAAUCCACAGGGCAUCAGACUUGGGUUCAAAACUGAAAUUGACAGACCUACACUUGAUAAGGAAGGAGGUAUUAACCAAAAUAAUACUGGCACUGAGUUAAGAGUCCAAGUUAUUGAAGAUAGCAAUACCAGGGCAGAAAAGUUUACUGAUGAUAAUACAUCUACCCUUGCUUCAACAUGUGGUUUUGAAGACUGUCCCACAGUUUGUGUUAGUAAGAGUAAUGCUAGUCAAUCAGAACUUAAAAGGAACAAGAUGAAAAAUAAUGCACUUCCAGGAGGCAUAUCUACCUUUGAUUCUAGUCUUCCUGUAGAUUUUGUGGGGAAUGCUGGAUUUUAUAAGGCGUCCAAAGAAUAUGAAGUCAACAUUGAAGAGCAAUUGGAUGGUGAAGGAGCUUCCAAAAAUGCUCCUCAAAGAACUGGUGGUGGAACAGGAGAAACUGUUUCGGAUGUUGAAUGUGACCAGAAGGAAAUUACUUGUGCAGAAUUGACUCAAAGGGACAAUAUAGCAUGUGACUGUCCAGAACAGAACAAAUCAAAUGAGAACAGUGCUGUGAAUGGUGGAGCAGUACAGGUUGUCAACAGUUCUGGGGCAACACAUUUUCAAAGGACAUUUGUGCAGACUAGAAUAUCCAAUGCAGCAGAAACAGAUGCAUAUGUUGGAACAACCAGCAUUGAUUUAGCAGAUAGCUCAGAAACAUGUGCCCUUUCUGCUGUACAGGAAAUCAGAACCAUGUGUAGCACUAGAAUUGGAAAUGAACAGAAUGAAAUAAUAACCACCAAACAAGUGAACUUUGAGAAAUUGAGCAAUGAUGAAGGAAGAGCAUUUGAAGGGGGCACAGAAGUGGAAGGCCAAGGGGUGUCUGAGGACUUCAACUCUUCCAAAUAUUAUGCAGAGCAGACUUGCACCAAGGAUUUUAUUAUAGAAAAUGACUGCACAGUUGGUAGAGCAUUUAGAGAGAGAUCUCUGUCAUCUGAUUGUACUUGUACUGAAUCUAGUUACACAGCAGAUGCAUCAAGGGUACCUUUUCGGAAUGAAGUCAUUGGCACAGGGCAUGAGGCAGGACAAGCCAAGGAAGAGAACUCAACAAUAGCUCAGAAUUUCCUCAUGGAAAACGAGGACCACCAAGCUCUUCAUCUGGAAACAGUGCAAAGCAUAGAAACAGACUCAAACCAGUCACAAUCAAAGUGUGGAUAUAAAUCUCACCAGAAAGGAGAUGCAGGAGAAUUGAUUCAAAAGAAUAAUCCAGUUCAUGAAAUUGAAAGCAAGGUGAACGUUAGCAAUACCUGUGAUAUAAAUUGCAGAACAGAAACUGUGGAUCAUAAUCAUUUGCUGUUCAAGGUGGUUGACUGUACUGCAGAUGCAAAAAGAGGGAGCACUGAACCUCCAUGUGCUACUAUUAAAAAAGGUGCCACUAAUAUCACUGAACUUGUGGAGACAAUUUCUGAAAACAAUGACAUAAAGGGCUCAGCUAAAAGUAAAAACUCAAUCGAGACCAGAAAUGGAGCUGAACAAAGUGGAAGUCUUUUGCUAAUUUACAAUGAUGAAGGAGCCAAGGUGGUGACAUCUCUGACAAAGGAAAGGUUAAUAACACAUGUUGGCACUGACAAUAGAUCCAAGCAAAAUCAUUCUCCUCAAGUGCCAUCUGUGAGACCUGGUGAAGACACUAAAAGUACUGAUAAAAUAAUGGACACGUGCUUGGAAAAACCUCACAUAAGACGGGAUAUUUUAACUAGACGUCCACACUCCGGAAAUCCUUCCAAACUUAGAAGCUGCACUUUUGACAAUCAGGAAAUACUUAACUGGUGGGUUUCUCUAGAUGUGGCGCAGAGAAGUGAUCUACAUCAGGAAGAAAUCACAGCUGUAAGAGGUGAAGUUGAACAUGGAACAGAUGAGUAUUUCUCUUCAAAGAUUCCCAAAUCUGUUAAAUCAGAGAAAUGUAAAAGUAUCUCUAACAAUGAAGAACAAAAGGUAUCCCCAGAGGAAGUACUGGUGAGAAAGAAGUCUAACCCCAUGACAUUUCAAGAAGUAGAAAUGUUUGAAUCGGUUCUACGUCAAGAGAGCACUGAUCAGUGUGAAGCCAGCCUGGCCACUGCACUGUGGGAUGAUGCUGCACAUUCAUUAAGAGGUCAGGAACAUUCACAAGUGGAAAGAUUAGAGAACUCUGGAACCAUGGAUUCAAGAGCAACCCCAGGUUCCCCAAGUAAUGGCAUAACAGCUAAUUCUGGUACCAAAUAUGAUAUGAACAAUGCGACCACCAAUCAGUAUCUUGUUCCAGUUGAACAUUUUCCUGUGAGAGCGAGACAGAACCAUAGGUGGUCUACAGAAAGUCUUCAGCUAGAGUUGGCUGAAAGCAGAGCCUUUACUGAUGGUUACAUGUGUUCCAAGGGCAUUGUUUUACUACAGCACAGAGAACAAAGUCCAUCACAGCCAGCAGGAAGACCCCUUGAUACAACUGCCUUGCAGCCAAAUAAAGAUGCAGUUGAAAGGGAGGAUGCAUAUAGUGGUGUAGAAGCCCCUCAGUCUUGUUUUGUCCUUAAAGCCGGUCCAGAGGUGAAUGGAGGAGAUUGCCAAAUUAAUCAACCCAUCAGCAGCACAGAAGGGUAUUCAACACCUGUGGGUUCUGACAGUGCGCUGCUAAGUCAGGAUAUAGUAUUAAAAGAGGUGAUAGGUAGACAUGUAAUUUGGUGCCACCCUGACAGAACAACUACGUUUGAUGCAAGUGAUUUUCAGGCUGAUCAACAAACUGUUGACAUAGACCAGGCCAUGUUUGGUCCUCAACAUCUGAGGAAGAAUGAAAUUGAGAUGCUCGUUCAUGUAAAGCAGAAAUCCCCUGCUAAAAAUAUGUUUUUUUCAGGUGAAGAUAUUGCAAAUUCAGAUACCGUAGAUGCCACAGCAUCUCUCAAUAUUUGCAAAGGACCCACGUGUUUACACUAUCAGAACACAGGUAUUUUAGCCACUGGCUUAAAUGUUGACCUGAAAACUGAUAACAUUUCUGUCUGUCAGAACAUGUCAACCAUGAACACCUUACUGCCACAAAGUAAAGUGUUUCAAAAUCAAACUGAAUUUCAAAGAAGGUCUUUGCAAGAUGUGGGUGGAAGCUACCUGUCUGGGAAAUGUCAAGCAGUUCCAGGUUCAUUCGCACAUCAACAUGAAGAGCUGGAUGUGAGCAGCUGUACAUCAUCCAGAGCGGUCUUAUUGAAACAAGAAGGAAAGCAGAGCCAAAAUGCCAGUAGGCUGUAUUUUCACACAGCAAUAAUUCAAACUGCCUUGGUAGAAAAUGCUACUAAAACCGCCAUUGUGCCAGGAUUAGCUGGAUUAAGCUCCUUGGAAAGUAGGUUGGGUGCUGAGACCACCCCUGCAACAAAAAACCAGGUGUUCAUUCAACAAGGGGAUCAGCAAGUUGUCCAAAUGCAACCUACAAGCCCCACUGUCUUCUCAGCAUCGGAUCCACUAAAGGCAGAAACUAAAUGCCACGAUGUCCAGUUCUCAAAUGGUGACUCAGUAGAUACAUUCAUACCACAGAGCUUCACUGGAUCAUCUGGUCAUCAUAAACAGGCAGAGUUACAUUGCAGGAGUGAAGAGGAUUACUCCAUGUGUUUGAUUGAGAGAGACUCUGUUGGGUUGGAGCUGACUGAGAAUUCUUCAAACUUGUGCGUCAUGUCAGAGCAACCAAAGGCCAUUCAUUUAGUUAACUGUGGAGAAGAGUUUGUGACGGCUGAAUUUAUGGCUCUGCCUAAAGCUGUCAGGUGCGAUACAAACUGCAAUGAUAAAGACGUAUUUGACUCAACAAAGGAUUUAAUCAGGAAGGAAGGAAGUGGUAUUGAAGAUUGGGAAGAAACACAAGCACUGUUGAAGAGAGACCUGAUUGAUUUUAAGGAGAUGUCUUCUGAUGCAGAAUCCCACUAUAAAAAUCAAGGAAUCCUAGCUGACGUAAAGGAGGAAAAUAAGUCACAGUUCCCCACCAAGAUACACAAGGGCAGAUAUAUAGGGUUGUCACCCUCUGCCCAGGAGAUCCUUGACCAAGAAAAACCCAGACUGUUGCAACAGACACAGAAUCACAUAACCCCAGAAUGUGAACUUGGAAAUGAAUCCAUAUUGCAGAGAAAGGAUCUGAACAAUACCAGUGUUACUCUUGCAGUCACUGAAACACACAAUAGAAUGUCUUCUCAAAUCAAUGAUCUGCAAUUCACCCAGACAGAUGGCAGUCAGUUGAAUGUGGAUGUAGAUGAACAGGAUGCACAUUCACUCCUAGAGUGCAAACAGAUCAGGGAGUUAGGUUCUCACUGUCAUGAGAGUAAUAAAUGUAAAGAAAUGGAUGGAACUUUCUAUUCCACAGAUUCCUCACUGCUUUCUGAUUCUUGUCACAGUGCUUGUUCCGGGCAGUCUUCAGUAACUCAAGUUAAUGAGCUGAAUACUGAAGGACUUGGGUCUUCUGGUUCAGAAUGUUUAGAUGGUUCAGAUGUGAGAUGUGCCACAAAGAUGAGGAGUGGGCCAAAGAAGAAAUCACAUAGACUUAGAAGAAUAAAACCAAAGCCAAAUAUAGAUGCAACUAAAGGUUCAUCAAGUUCAAGUGAAGAAGUUGACAUUGAAUUCCUUUCACUUAACGAGCUUAGAAGCAGACAGUGUAGGAGAGGUAUCAACAGAUCACACUUGAAUGUCUGCAAAUGCAAAGAUUCAGUGAGUACCACUAGUACUAAUCUUGGAAGCUGUGUGUUGAACUUGAAAAUGGAGACUAAGGCAUUGUCAUUGAGAUUAUUGCCACCAGUUGUCCAGGAGCCUUCAUCCAGUGUUAAUCUUAUGAUGGAAGGCUCUAGUGGGCACUGUCUUGAUCCAUUACUGAUUGCUAAACCUUCAGAUGAAUUAACUCCAAGAGCUGCUUCACCAAUUGAAGAAGGAAUUGUGUAUGAAAUGAAGCAUGAAGCAAAGGAUGUGGGGAGAAAAAAUGAAUCCAAACAGAGUAUUCAGCAUAAGAUUGUUGGAGAGUGUGUUUCAGGACAUGCAGAUUCACAUGUGGCUGCCUGCACUGAAACAGACCAUUCCAUGAUCACUUUACCUUGUAAUCGAGGCCAAGGAAAUCAGUCAGACAAACAGCAAAGUGAUUACAGCACCUCACUGAUGAUUGAUAACAAUCUGAACAACUUUGUUGAAAGAAAGCUCAAAGCUCAAGAAUUUUCAGAAGUAGAUCUGACCUUCAGUGAUGAGAACGAUCCAAUGCACUUUGCUUACGGUGAUGUUCAUCCAUACAUCCAUCAACAAUGCAACAAAUUAGGCAGAGCCAGUUUGAAGCAGUGUACCUUGGAAAAUGCAAGUAGUAUGUGUUGGGUUCAGCCAAAAGUAAGCUGUCUGAGUAACGUUAUAAGAUGUUCCAGUGACAGCAAUGGAUUGAAUGAUCGCAAUUCACAUUCUUAUGCCAAUGCAAGAACAAUAUCUAGCACAUUAAGUAAUGUGAAUGACUUGCAAAAGGGGAAUUUGGCAACAAUGCACCCUGAGAAUGAUUAUCUUGAUGAAGACACCUGUGUAAUACCAUGUGACCCACCAGUGGCACCUUCAUUCACUCAGUCGUCUCAGUUUCCAACUUCUACUUCUGAGCUGGAAAACAUGAAAUUGCAAGUUGAUGAAAUGGUGCUCCUUUACCCAAGGGACUUGGGAUCUUCUGUAGAGGCAGUGUCUGACGGGCCUGUAAAACUCACCUGCAACAAAGAAACACAAACAUCAGGUGGAAUGAGAUACCAGAAGCUGUCAGCACCCCAGAGGAGCUAUGUCCAAACUCCAACACAGACAUAUACAAGUCAAAGCCCCCAAGCAGGUAUGGAGAAUCUUUCUGUCCAUCUUUCAAAGCUUCUCCAUAACACCACAGAGCUGUUGGGAAAUAUCAGGACUAACAAGGACCAUUCAGACCCAACAAAACCAUCUACCAACCAAAACACUAGUAAAUUGGGGGAAGUCAGCAUGACGGAUGGUUAUACCCAGACAGCAACUGAUGUGGCCACUCAGACAGAAACAUUACCUCAAGUUAUAGAGAAAUACAGCCAGGAACUUCAAAAUAAGGAAGUGCAGAGGUCUCCAGAAGUGAAUGUUAUCGUUAAAGUAAUUGGUUCAGAGGUCAAUGUAAAUCAAGACCACACCAAUCUUACGUUAACGUUACAGAAACAAAAGCAGAACUAUAGUGUGUCAGAUCCUAAUGCCCACUGUACUGCUUUGAGCCAUUCUGUUUGUUCUUCUCCCUCUGAGAAUGCAAAUUCAUCUUUUAGGACUUCAACUCCUGCCUUGCUACCUGCUCAGAAAAUGAUAUCAAGCUCUUCACAAACUGCUUCAUCCAGUCCAGGUUUGUCACCAGUAACAGCAUCUUCACAGAUAUCAAUGUACAGUGACCAAACACAGGGCACAAGCUUCGGAUCUUUGGAAAGCACAUCAGAGUUUUCAAAGAUGGAAACAAAUGAUCUCAAGCUCUCUGAGAACAGAGAAGUGAAACAGUUUGCCCAAGGUGUUGAAGCUGCACUUUCUGCUAAUGUAAAUCCAGCUGUUCUAGUGGACCGAGCAUCAUCCCCUAUUAAAACCCUGGAAGCUGGGCUGGGGAACCACCGAUACCGCAGCAAGUCCUUUCUCUGUCUUCAAGGUCAGGGGGCUUGUGCACUGCAAUGUACUGGCUAUUGGCAGAGAAAGGCACGGCCAGCUUCUUGGUAUGGAUCUAAUGAAAAACAGCAAAGCAAGAUUUAUUUCACACAAGUCAAACCUGAAGCUGAACAGAUAUUGGAAACAAAUGGCGAAGGGCCUUUGGCUCAUUCAAAUGAGCAGAGUAAGGUUACAUCACAGGGUUUGCCAAUGUCAGUUAAACUAGAGUGUGAAGCAGAUUUCCAGAGAGAUGUUCAUACUGAAGGGUCUUCUAUGAGCUCAGGAACAGCAGAAUCUUGCAAAGACCAUCAUGUGAAUGUUUCAGCUGCUGUGGAGAAGUCCAGUUGGCAGUGUGAAAAAGAACUGACAGGCCAUAUUGUUAAAGAGUCGUCACCUUGUAACAAGGGAAUUGAACCGUACUUGGCAUCUCAAAAGGUUCAGAUGCUCUGUACUUCAAACCCAGAUGGAAGAAGGCAGAUGAAUGCUUUAAGUUUUCAGCCAUCUUGCCAGAAAAGCCCAUUGGUUUCCUUUCCUCUUGCUCAGAUCAAUGAUGAUACUGUGUGGCCAUUUCCCCGAUCUCCCAGUACAUCUUCCAUUCAGCACAAUCCUUUCUCCAAAGACUGGGUGGACUUUCAGGAAGAAAAGGCCAGCAUGUUACACGAUCAAAUAAGACACCAAAGUGAUGCCAUGAAUCAUUGCAGUUCUGAGUCUGGGACCUACAUAAUGAGUGAAAUGACAAAUGAAUGUGUCGCUGAAGAUGCCCAAUCCUUUGUUUCAAGUGAAUGCAACACAGAUUUGCUGCUGAAUGAGUAUCCCUCCAUAACUGGCUGCAACAGUUCACAAGCAUCUGAUUCCAGAGCACAGGGAGUGAGCUGCAGGGGCCCAGAGGACUUGCCUUUACACAACAAGUUCCACAACUGGUCUGGAGUCAACUAUAGACCUCCAUCAACAGCAAGUCUGAUGAGCACAGCCACUGGUUCUCACAGACAGACAGAGCAAGAGCAAAAACAAACCAGCAGUGAUGUUACAGAAACAAUGGGCCUCAAGUCAGAAGACCACGAGGCAAGGCAGAAGGAAAUUGAAAGCUUGCGCCAAGAACGUACUCAAAUCCUGUCGGGGUUAAACCUGGAAUUAAACCAGCACCAGUUGACAGUGGAGCUCGCUGAAGCAAAGCUGAACUAUGGCCUGGGGGAGACAGAUGCUUUGUUGAGAAUGUUCCAGAGUGGAGCAGCAGAUGACCAGAAUGUUUGCAUAAGGCAGCAGCUUUAUGACAGACACAUGAAAACCAUAGAAAUCUUGAGGAAGGAGCGAGAUGAGAAAAUACAGAAGUUCAGAAGGACCCGUAGCCUGAGUCCACAGAAACAUCUGACCAUACAUCACCAAAAACAUACAACCGCAUUGCAUCAUGAGCAAGAUCUACCAAGCAAACGCAGGACUUACCUCCAGCGGUUACGCCAGGACAUUGUGGAAAACACACGGACUCGUGCAGUUGUGAAGGCUCCACAGGAAACCCCUUCUGAGAUAGAGAUUCUGCUUAGAGAUUAUCAGAAGGCUCGUGAGGAAACAAAAGCAGAAAUCGCAAAGGCACGAGAUAAAUUACGUGCAAGGGCUGAAAAGGAGAAAUGCCGUUUACAGCAAGAAAUUAUUUUGCAGUUAUUGAAGGAGGAAGAGAGGUUGAGGAAGGUGGCAAGCAGGAGCAGCUUGCAUACCGGCUCAAAUCUGAGCCUGUCGUCCAAUCCCACGUCAGGCUACAGCAGCAGCCACACGGCUUCCCCAGACACCAACUCUCAAACCAAGAACAAAAGCAGCACUGAUCCUGUGAUGACCAGCAGAGGAUGCCCAACUUGUUGCAAUUCACAGAUUAAGGUCACCGAAGUCAUUCAACACUUCGAUGCAGCUUCUUGUCCACGUGCACACUCGAUUUCAGGGAGAAUAACAAAAGGCAGCUGUCAUCCAAGUUCCACCUAUCUAAAAAAGUACCAGGAUUUGGCAGCUCUGGCUGUAGCUUCUGUUACAGCAGAGAUCAUGGUGGCAUCUGUUAACUGCCCUGGAGACCUCCUUACUGGUAAAGCAGCAGCUGGUUGGAGAUACCACAACACAGAAAAAGGUGUUCUGAUGUUCUAUAAGCACUAUGCUUCCUCCACAAAGCAUGGUUUUAUGGGAAUUGGUAUGAUUGAGAAGCCACUGCACAGUGUGUGGUGUGUAGUGAAAGAUAACAGCAAGAGACAGCUCUAUGACAAGACAGUAAGAACCGUGAAAAUACACCGACAGCUGGGACAUGGCAUUGAGCUUGUUUACCUUGUGAUUAACACCUCUACCUGCUGUCUCAACCAGCCCAGGGAUUUCUGCUGCAUCAGUGUGGAGGCUGAAGAGAACCAGCAAUACAUUCUGGCAAUGCAGUCCAUCUACGAGGAAUCAAUGCCUCGACCAGUCAAGGAUAUGGUUCGAGGUGAAAUGCUGCCCAGUGGUUGGAUCUUGCAGCCUGACAACCACAAUGGGAAAGAAAUGACAAGACUUAUCUACUUGACUCAGGUUGAUCUUGGUGCUCCUGCGCUUCCCCCCAGACUGUUGCGUUCACUUGCCAGGCAGCAGCCUUUGUGUAUUGCCAACCUCAUCAGCUUGCUCUCCUGAUGACUUGGUUCUAAAGAUCAGUAAAAGCUGAAGCAGAGCAGCUGCUGAGCAUCUGGCUUUGAACUCUACCCUGACUUUGCAUUCAAGAACAUGGUUACAUACUUAAAGUCAGGUCAUACACAUUAGUAGCAUAACCACCUUUAGCAUAAUUUUAUGCAUGUUCAAACUUAGGAUAUUUGUGCAUUAUUGCAAACCUCUCAAAGUUAAGGCAACACUUUCCAAUGGGCAAGUCAAGCUACUUCUCAGCAGGUCAACGACCAGCUGUUUGAGGUAUUUUAACUAAACUGUACAGUUAAAAUUUUUAUUUUUGUAUGCAAAGGUCCAAAUUGAACUUUAUUUAUAACUGGUUGAAGCCUUUUAUAUGAAGCAUUUUAUACAGUUAUUUCUAAGGAUAAUUAGUUUACAUGGGAUUUUCUUAACAAAAUAAGCAUUAAAUAUUUUGUGAACAUUAUUUUGUGAAUGUUUGCUUAAUGUACUUUUCAGUAUAAAUGCCCUGCUGAAAGAAAAUCUACUUCCUCCAGUUGAAGCCUCUCCAGCCAAAGGAAUGAACCACUCCACAUCACAGGAACAGGCCCUUGUUUGUGUUUAUCCUCACCCUGGCAGUGGAGGCAGCCGAGGACAGACAUUGCCAGUGAGGGAAUGGGGAGAAGAAUUAAAAUAGCUGGGAUCUCCAGAUGCCCACAGUAGAUGGACCAGAGGUGCUUGGCGAAGCAGUUGCCUGGUUUGCAUCUGUUCUCACCGAAGUAGAGGAGGCCAUAUCAGGAGCACCAGAUGCAAUAAAAGGCUGGAGGAACCGCUUCUGCAUCAUCUCCAAAGUCUUUCAGUAAUGUGGCAACCAGAACUACACACAAUACUCCAAACGUGGCCUAGUCUUAUACAACAGCAAUGUGACUUGCCAGGUUUAAUACCUGACUGAUAAAGUAUGUGCAUGUGCCGAUAAAGACGUAUGGCAUGUGUUGUCACUUUCAGGCAACUAUGGAUGUGCACCCACAAGAUCCCUCUCUACAUCAAUCACCUUAAGGGCUUUGUCAUUUACUGAAUACUUUCCUCCCAACAAUGCAUCACUUGUCCAGACUAAACUCCAUUUCUCUGCCCAAAUUUCCAACUGGUCAAUAUCCUGCUGUGUCCUUUGACAACCUUCCUCAACUCUGUUGUCUGCAAACUUGCUAAUCAACCCACCUCCAUUUUUGUGCAAAUAUAUAUUGGACCUUGUUGAAUGCUUUACUAAAGUUCAUGUGGACGACAUCCACUACUGUACUCUCAAUCAAGUCUUGUCCAUGCUUUUCCCAGACAGGAGUAGAUCCUAUCCCUAAGAAUCUUCUUGAAUAAUCUCCCGACCAUUGAUGCAAGACUCGCCUAUAAUUUCCUGGUUUGUUCCUAACCCUACAGGAACAUUCUCCAGUCCUCUGGGGUAGCACCUGUGGCUAAAGAAGAGAUAAGGAUCUCUGUCAAGGCCCCAACAAACUCCUCUCAUGCCCUUCUCAAUGACCUGGGAGAGAUCUGCCCCUGGGGCCUUAUCCACCUUAACAAGGAGUGGUAUCUUUACCCUAUCAAUCAGUCCUGGUGAGGCAAGGAUACCAUUCAGAUAUGAUGCUAUUAUUCAUUUCCCAGCUAAUUAUUUAUUCUACUCCCAACAGAAAAUCUAGAAUGGCCAAAGUUUCCUCCAUCUACUUUAUUUGUUAUUGCCCAUUCAUUUUCAGUAAGCAACAGACCAGCUAAUAGCUUGAAGUGGUUUUUUUUGUGUAUCGCAAGACUAAAGGUACAUUAGUGUGGGACUGAAUAAUAAGAGA